ACAAUAAUAAAUAAUGUAAAAAAGAAAGAAAAGAAUUGUACGAAACGAAAGAAAUCCGGCAUGGCUUCAAAAGUGAAAGUAUGGGCAACAAUCAUCUCUUUCACUGCUUCUAGAAUAUUCUUUUUCUUCAUUUUCUUCCAGAUUCCUCUUUUCAGAUUCCCAUGUAGAAUCGGUACAUGCACGACACCAAUGGAGCUAACAUCGUCACACUGGAUUGCAAGUGAAGUGAUUCCAUCAGGGGUAGUUAAGGCCCUCUUAUAUCCCGGUGCCGUAGGAAAAGCUAUUUUCAACAACAAGCCUAUUCCAAAGUACAGUAAACUACUUGAAGCAUACAAUAUGAAGAAUCUCAAACGAUACCCUAUAACAACUGAUUUACAACACAUCGAGGUUCUAGCAGGAAGCUAUUUGGCUGUGGCAGGAGCAAUAAUAGGUCUGGUUAAAUCAAGGAGGUUGGGCCUUUUCGGUAUGCUUUUGUUAAUUUGGGGACUUUACAAGGACCCCCGUUUAUCAAAAGAACAUCCGUCUUAUAAAUAUUACAAAAAUGCCAUCUCUAUCUACUACCCGACAAUGUCAGUCACGGUCCUUUCCGCCUUCUUUUCUAUAAAAGAUGAUGUUAGAAAGAUCGUUUCUUGUUUCAAGUGGACCUUUGUAAAGUCCAAAUACAAAUGAAGAACCUUUUUACUGCCAAACAAAACAACAUAGCGAGUCAGAAAGGAAGAAGCAUGACAGAGUGUAGAUGGGGUACACGAAACUUAUUUUUGUAGUAGCUUAACAUCAUUGUAAGUGUUGUUUCCUGAACUAGAUUAAUAAUAUCAUGAUCUGAUUAUCUUUAGAUAUUCUAAUCUUGUAUUGUUUGUGGUUCAUGAAAGAUCGUGUUUCUUAGAUGUCCCGUUUUUGUUUUGGUCAACGGGUCGGUAGAUGUUGAAAUAUAUUGCCCUAAGUGGAGUUUAAUUUUC